AUGAAAUAUUCCACCACCCUCUUGGCCUUCUGCGGCCUCCUCGUGGCCCCGACCAUGGCAGCAGAACGCGAUCUAUUUGGCAUGUCAAAACUUGCCUUUGGAUGUUCCGAAGCCCAAAUCAUGGAUGGAUCCUGCAAAGACGCCUGUCCUUGCAAUUGCGGCGAUGGAUUUGGUGUCUUAGUCGACCCCACCCCCAACCGAGACUGCGACGAACCAACCUGUAUGGAUCCCGUCCUGGCCUACCAAUUGGUCGCCAUUCAAAAGAAAGCGGACUGUAUCACCACUUGCGUCAAAUCUCGCGGCGGCGGCGGCGACAGCAGCAGUGACAGCGGUGACGCGAAGAAACAGCGAAAGCCCUUGCCUGACUUUGGGUCGGGCAAAAGCGACGAAUCCAGUGACGGGUCGGGGUCCAAGAGUGGCUCGGGAUCCAAAAAGAAGAAAUACUUCAAGAAGUCUGGAUCCUCCAAGAGUGGCUCCAAAAAGGACUUGAGCUUCAAAACAAAAUGCAAAGUGGACAGCGAAUGUCCUCAAAUUCGCUGCUUUGCACCACCUUGUGAUCCCGUUGUCUGCGUCCGUGGAUACUGCCUGCAAAUGCCCUUGAACAAAGAUGACGGUAGUAGCGACUCCAAGGACAGCAAAUCCAAAAAAUCCAAGUACCUUCGCACGGGGGGUAAAAAAGUGAAGAUUUGUCACAAGACUGGAAGAGAUAGCAAACCUUUCAAGCUCAUGGAAGUGUCUGCCAGUGCGGUUCAAAAAUAUGUGGAAGAGUUUGGCGACUGCUUUCCUGACAGUGAGCUUCCCGGAAGUCGAGGAAAGAUCUUUCUUGACAAGCAAUGUGGCACGGUUGGAUGGGACGGAAAACCAUGCGACAAAUACGGCAAGCCCAAGAAGAAGAGCAACAGCAGCAGAUCUGGCAAGGACAAAAAGAGCAGCAGAUCUGGCAAGGACAAGAAGGGUUCCGGCAGUGGCAGCAAAGAUUCCAAGUCUUACAAACCCAAGAAGAAAGACUACACUUUCUGCACACAGGAUGCCAAGCAAUGUGCUGAUGGCUCCUAUGUCAGCCGCGUUGCACCGAGCUGUGAGUUCGAGAAGUGUCCUGGGGACAAGGAUUCCAGGAGCGGAAAGUCUCGAAGCGGCAAGAGCAGCAAGGAUUCCAAGAGCGGAAAGUCUCGAAGCGGCAAGAGCAGCAAGGAUUCCAAGAGCGGCAAGUCCCGAAGCGGCAAGAGCAGCAAGGAUUCCAGAAGCCGCAAAGACGGAAAAGUUUCAAUUUGCAAGAGGACGAAAGACAAGAGCAACCCUUUCAAACUGGCCGAUGUCUCUGUUGAAUCUGCAGCAAAGUACUUGUCCAAAGGCGGGUGCUAUCCAGGUGAUGCUGUUGUCGGACGCAGGGGCAAGAUCUUUGUGGAUGAGACAUGUGAUGUUGUGGAUCGUGAGGGAUCCCGCUGCUCGGAGGACGGCAAACCCAAGCCAAAGACGGACAAGGAUCAAGGAAUCAAAGUGCAGAUUUGCCAGAAGGUUUUUGAUGGCGACAAGCCAUACGUGCCUCGUAAGAUUUUCAAGCGUGAUCUCAUCAAACACAUGAGCAAACAUGAUGACUGCAUGCCUGGGGACGACUUGCCUAAAUCCAAGGGUAAGGCCAUCCUCAACAGUGACUGCGAUGUCGUCGGAAAGAAACCAAAGAAGGAUAGCAAUUCCAAGUCGAAGUCAGACUCGAAAGAUUCCAAGUCAGGAAAGUCAAAGUCAGGAAAGGGCAAGCCCAAGAAGGUGGAAAUCUGUCACAGGACAGGGAGUGAUAAAAAUCCAUUCGUCCUCAUCGAAAUCUCUGAAAAUGCCGUCCAGCAGCACUUCUCUAAGCACGGUGACUGCUACCCUGGCGACCCUCUUCCAGGCUCACGCGGCCGUGUCUUCUUGGAUGAUGACUGUGAUAUUGUUGGAAGAGAUUUUGUACGAUGUGGCACAGAUGGGUCGCCCAAGCCCGAAGCUCCCAAGAAACCGGAUCUUGGAGUCAAGGUCAAGGUUUGCCAACGUGUGUUUGAUGGGGUCUUGCCUUAUGUUCCUCGUUACAUCCCCGAAAAGAAGCUUCCGCGCCAUAUGAGGAUGCACGACGAUUGCAUGCCAAACGAUGAUGUGCCUGGAAGUAACGGAGAUGAAUAUCUUGAUGAUGAAUGCGCAGUCAAAAAAAGGAAACCUGGCAAGAAACCCAAGAACAGUGGCAGCAGUAGCAGCAGAUCCAAGAAGUCCAAGAAGAAGAAGAACUCCUCAAAGGACAGUGGCAGCAACAGCAAGUCAUCCAAGGACAAGAAGAAGAAGAACUCCUCAAAGGACAGUGGCAGCAAGACCAAGUCAUCCAAGGACAAGUCCUCUAAGUCUGGCAAAGACAAGGGCCUCAAGGUCAAGGUGUGCCAGCGAAUCUUUGAUGGGGACAAGCCAUUUGCUCCACGCUUAAUGCCGAAACCUGAUGUUCCUUCCUACAAGGAUUCUCAUGACUGCAGCAUGCCCUUCGAUGAUGUUCCAGAUAAUGAUGACGAAUACCUUGAUGAAGACUGUAAUGUUGUCAAGAAGAAGAAUGGAAAGAAGCCCAAGAAGAGUGGAAGCAGCAGUAGCAGCAGAUCCAAGAAGUCCAAGAAAAAGAAGAAUUCCUCAAAGGACAGUGGCAGCAACAGCAAGUCGUCCAAGGACAAGAAAAAGAAGAACUCUUCUAAGGACAGCAAGAUUAAGUCAUCCAAGGACAAGUCUUCCAAGUCCGGAAAAGACAAGGGCCUCAAAGUGAAAGUCUGCAAGAGAGUUGGAGGCAAGCGAUUCACCCCAGUGUUGAUGCCUGAACCAGACGUUCCUUCGUACAAGGAUACCCAUGACUGUGGCAUGCCCUUUGACGAUGUUCCGGAUACUGAUGAUGAAUACCUUGACGAUGACUGUGUGGUUGUCAAGAAGAAGGGAGGAAAGAAACCCAAGAAGAGUGGUAGCACCAGUAGCAGCAGAUCCAAGAACUCCAAGAAAAAGAAGAAUUCCUCUAAGGACAGUGGCAGCAACAGCAAGUCUUCUAAGGACAAGAAAAAGAAAAACUCCUCUAAGGAUAGUGGCAGCAACAGCAAGUCAUCCAAGGACAAGUCUUCCAAGUCGGGCAAAGACAAGGGCCUCAAAGUGAAAGUCUGCAAGAGAGUUCCUGGUGGAGGCAAGCAAUUCACCCCAGUGGUGAUGCCUGAACCUGAUGUUCCAUCCUACAAGGAUACCCAUGACUGCAGCAUGCCAUUUGAUGAUGUUCCGGAUACUGAUGAUGAAUACCUUGAUGAUGACUGUGUGGUUGUCAAGAAGAAGGGAGGAAAGAAACCCAAGAAGAGUGGCAGCAGCAGUAGCAGCAGGUCCAAGAACUCCAAGAAAAAGAAGAAUUCCUCAAAGGACAGUGGCAGCAACAGCAAGUCGUCCAAGGACAAGAAAAAGAAGAAUUCCUCAAAAGACAGUGGCAGCAACAGCAAAUCGUCCAAGGACAAAUCCACCAAGUCCACCAAAGACAAGGGCGUCAAGGUGAAAGUCUGCCAGAGAGUCCCUGAUGGAACCAAGCCAUUUGAACCAGUGUUGAUGCCAGAAAUUGAUGUUCCAUCUUACAAAGACUCUCACAGUGACUGCAGCAUGCCCUUUGAUGAUGUUCCGGACACUGAUGAUGAAUACCUCGAUGAUGACUGCAACAUUAUCAAGAGGGAGCCUGGUGACAUUUCUUUCAGCUACUGCACUGAAAGUGAGAUCCGUGGUGGGUCUUGUGUAGACCUUUGCAAGUGCCCUUGUGCCAAUGGUCCCACCAUGGGUGUCUUGGUUGUUGCACCUAGCGGUGAAAUGACUUGCAUGGAUUCUGUCGAUGCCUAUGAGCAUACAGUUAUGGAGAAGGACAUGGGUUGCCAAGCAGUGUGCCCCAUUGACAAACCGGAACCAGAAAUCAUUGUUGAGCCUGAGAUUGAAGUUGAGGAGAAGCCAGAACCCAAGGCACCUAAGUCUCCACCCACUGGAAGCCCUACUGCUGGACCAACCAGUUCCCCAACUGCUUCUCCCACCAAUGGACCAACCAGCUCCCCAACUGCCGCUCCCACAGCAGCACCAACCACUGCUCCAACAGCUGAACCCACUGAUGCACCAACAACAAGCCCUGUUGAAUCGUGGAUCAGCGAAGAGCAUGAAAGUCAAGGAUGUGAGACUGCAUUUGCCUAUCACCAGGCCAGUGGUACAUGCUUCUCUGAUCUUGGACUUGGAAUCAAUCGCUGGGGAUGGAGUAUCGGUCCCAUCUCCCCAGACAGUUCAGUCAAACAUGAAUACGAAAUCUACGCUGGGGCUGCUGGCUGCGACACUGACAAGGGAACCAAGGUGGGAACACUCGAGUUCACUUAUGAUGGAAGUCAGGCCCAUGCAAAGUAUAUGGCCGAUGGCAAUUAUAUCUUCGAAGAGACUCACUUCUACCUUGGUACAAAGUCAGUCCCCCAUGAUGACAACGGAAAUCCCACAGUUGCCCCCGGCCAAUACACCGCUGUGCACGAUGUUUGUGAGAACUCCAAGGUUGACAACAUUGUCUUUGACCUCACUCCAGCAUGGGGUGACAUCUACAUCAUUGCACAUGCUGUGUCGUGCGAUGAUUGGCGUCGAGAGUAA